AUGACAAUCACGGACGAGUCAACGAGUCGGGUGGCUGAUUCAACAGCUCCACCAGCCACAUCAUCACCUUCGUUAUUCCAGAGAAUAUGUUGUUGCUGUAAUUCAGAUCUCAAAGAGCCACCGGUUCAAUUAAUCAGAAGUGGUUCACUAACAUAUCAACAAGGUGCAGCAGUCACUUCUGCUCCAGAAUCCUCCACUUCACCUCCAGCUAACAAUGUCAUCUCGGCAGCAAAACGAUCUGUCGAUGAUGACGUUGAGAGGCCUCAAACAUCUCAAAAACCAGCUCAACGACCGAAAGAACUAGAUGCUGAAAGUAUAAAUAUGAAUGAUAUUUUGAUGGAGAAUGUUCUCAGAACCACAGAAGAAGAUCGAACGGAAGCAGUUGAAGAAGAUAUUGUUUCGAUUUCAACAAAUGUUGUUCAGGAAAUUGAUGAGAAUGAGUUGAGAAAGGCAUUGAAAAAGGCUGGAAAUGAUACAAACGAAGCAUCGCAACCACUCAAAGGAAGAUCUGGAAUAUCGAAAGAGAUGCCUUCUGGAUCAGAGGAUGAGGGUGGGGAAGAAGGAGAUAACAGGAAAAUGUCAGUUAUUGAAUUCAUUCGGAGUGAGGCUCAAGCUGAAACUUCUGCUACCGUACUAUCUGCAACAGUUCCACAAGAGAGACCAACUGAUGACAUUGAGCUAGUUUAUAAGAAUGAGAAGAUGUCAGAAGCCACGCAAUCGGAAAUGUCUGAUUCUGAAAACGAAGAAGAUUCUGAUGUUGGAAAACAAAUCAAUAUUGUAGGAAUGUCAUCAAAAACAACUGCUCGUGCUGAAAAGAAUUCAGAUACUGAUGACAGAAGAAUCGUAGAAUUCAAGGAGUUGAGUUCGGAUGAAAGUUUGAAAGGAUCGACUGAAGAUGAAGAUGAAGAAGUAAUAAUUAGACAUGAAGAAUUAGAAGAAGAGAACGAUGAAGAAGAUGUUCCUCCUCCACUCCCACUCUCUCCACCUCCAAAUCAUUUCGGACAACUCGAAGGAUCUCCGAUUCCACCUCCACGUUCCCCUCACAGAUCUAUAAUGUAUGCACAUGCAGAUGAUUCGGAUUCAGAUGACGAAGAAAGUGAAGAUGCUCAUCCAAUUGCAUCAAAUGGAUUGGUUCGUAUGCAUCCUGUUAAUUUCGCUCCGCAUAAAGAAGAAGAUAUUCAAUCGAUUUCUUCUGAUUCCUCGCUUUCAACAGCUUCUGAUUUAUCUGAAAAAGAGAAUGAAGAUGAUAAUGCAAUCGGAGUUACACGUAUUUCCGUCAAGAGCGAUGGGCGUGCUGAGAUUCAUUCCCCGAAGAGCCCAGUUCGUGUUACGUUGGAUACAGAUCGAAACGAGGUCACGGACGACGAUUUCUCGGAGAAACUCAUUUGA